AUGAUGCAACUAGUAGAAACGAUAUAUAAACAUGAUCAGGAGAUUGUGCAAUAUUUGUAAAUAGCUUGAUAUAUAUGUUACAUUAAAAUAGUGUAACUAUCUUGUUGGAACUUCUCUUGUUAUUCAGGUUCAAUAUGGAAACUAGUAUCGUGUGCACUGAACAUCUAAAGCCAUACACGUUUUAUUGCCCAAGACACAUAGAUAUUCUGUGUUCACAGUGUACAGUAAACUACGUUCACAGAUCAUGUCAUUUUUAUUAUAUAGAUGAGCUCAUGUCGAUCACUUACUUUAACCCACUUGUCAAACAGGCGCACGAAUCAGUCACUGCCAGUCUAGAGAAUAUCGAACAAAUAGUUCAUGACAUGAAGCAAAAUCACAAUAUCGAAAGUGUCAAUCACAAUACCGUAAGUAUAAUUUCGGAGAACAAUCACAAUGCUGGAAAGGGCAAUUCGGAAACCAAUCACAAUGCUGGAAAUGUCUAUACGGAAACUAAUCACAACAUCGGAAGUGACAGUUCGGGAACCAAUCACAUAAGCAGAAGUGACAAUUCGGGAACCAAUCACAUUACCAGAAGUGACAAUUCGGGAACCAAUCACAUGACCAGAAGUGACAAUUCGGAAACCAAAUCUCACAUGAUUGAAUGUAGUAAACAAUAUGAUUCGGUUAAAACUUCAAUAGUCUCUAGAAUGAACGAGUUAAAAGGCUGCGAAAUGACAAAUGAACAAUUCUGCUUCGUUGUUACAACGUUCCGAUUUCUUUUCACUUUGGGCAAUAUUUUACAAAAUGUAAAAAAGUGUUUUCAUAAGAACGAAUGUUGUACAUCGCUUUUGAAAGCAUCCCAACAACUUAUUACAAACUUUCAUCACAAUAUACAGAUGAGAGAGAACCCAUGUUUGGUGAAUUUCAGCAGUUAUAGUAAAACUCAACCCGUAAGCAAUUAUUCGGGUAGAUGGGUGCUCGAACUCAAAUUGAAAGUUAUUUUACCAAAAGGAGAAGGAAUUUUUUUGAUAAAUUCGUGUUGGUUUAUGCCAGAUGGUAAAAUGGUAUUUCUAGUCACAUCUGUAUCGAGUCGUAGUAAAUCUCUGAUUAUUCACGAUGAAUAUGGUUCGUAUAUGCAAUCUAUCCCCAUAUAUGGACGAAUAUGGGACGUAACUCCGGUUGGUAUUAACAAGAUUAUCGUUCGUUAUAUUGAUUGGAAUUGGUUUGAGGUCCUGGACUUUUCCAAGCCUGAUCGUGUCCAAUCAAGGAUAUUACGACACAUGUCCCUCAAAAACGAUUUAAGGUUCAGUUCACCCGAUAAUUCUUUCAUGGAUGUUUAUCGUCCUUCUGGUGAAAUUAUUACGUCAUUUCCGGUAGGAAAGGAUAGAUUAUUCACUGAAAUGUGUUCAGACAAGUCAAAUAUUUAUUUGAUCGAUAAAAAGCGAAACAUCUUGAACUGCUUUAGAAAAGAAGGCACAUUAAAACAUCUGUAUAAAUUCGAUAACGGCUUAUGUAUAACUUCAGUCGUAGCAAUAGGCAAUGGAUACGUUCUGUUAACUGGUGAAAACAAUCUAGCUGUCCUUAAUUUUGACCAAAGAAUUAGACAAAAUGUUAUAGUGGACGGAGUAAAAAAUUAUGAGAAUAAUGGUAUGUGGACAAGUUUUAAUCCUACAAAUAACACGUUGUUAGUGUGUAGUGGAAUUGACGAAUUUGCGUUAUUAUAUAACGUCAAAACUGCAGACAACUAAAUGUGUAAUCCAAAUUGUUUUAUGAAAGAGAAUGAAUUUAAACACAACAAUGUAUUUUAAUUGGUGUAUUUUUUCACAAUAAAACAGCACACAUAGAUACCAGUAUGACAAAAUAUCAUUAAAACAAUG